UCAACUGUCAGCUCUGGGUUGUAUUGAAUCGCCAGUGGGGAACUAAUUGUUUUUGAUUGUCGGCUGUAAUUUUGUUCAAUUUAGAUAAAUCGUUGAGUGGUCUUUGCUCGGGGCUGCAGUACAUUUUACUCGCGUUACCAUAAUAUUUUCACUUAUAUUCAUUUCAUUAUCUCAGCGCGUGAUUGUUAUAUAAAUAAACGUUAUCACUGUUGAGUGCGGUUUAUCUCAACUGAGAGAAUAACACUAGCUUCAUGGAUCUCCUACGGGUCGGUAUCUUGAACACCUUCGUUAUCCACACCAGAAAAAUGCAUUUAUUGAGGAAUCAAGCUCACGUCAAUGGUGCAUGGGUAAAAGCAAAAAGUAAUGCGAUGUUCCCAGUUUUGAAUCCGGCGGAUGACAAAGUGAUUGCCGAGGUGCCGGACAUGGAUGCGGCAGACGCUAAGCAAGCAGUCGACGUGGCUGCAUGUGCUUUCCAGAGCUGGAGACAAACUACUGCUAAGGAGCGCUCUCGCAUAUUGAGAAGGUGGUUCGACCUCUGUGAACAGAAUGCUGAUAAAAUAGCGGAGAUAAUGACUGCUGAAUCGGGGAAACCACUGAGCGAAUCCAAAGCUGAGAUCACCUAUGGAAACUCAUUUUUAGAAUGGUUUGCGGAUUCAGCCAGGCAUAUUAAUGGAGAAAUCAUUCAAAGCCCUUGGCCUAACAAGCAGAUCUUGUUGAACAGGCAACCUAUUGGAGUUGUGUCUGUGAUUACUCCAUGGAAUUUUCCAUUUGCCAUGAUCACACGUAAAGUUGGUGCCCUAUUGGCCGCAGGUUGCACUUGUGUUAUUAAACCUGCAGAAGAUACUCCUUUGACAGCAUUGGCUGCUGUUGAUUUGGCUGCUCAAGCAUGUGUGCCCAAUGGAGUUAUUAAUGUUGUAACAACAAGCAGAAAAAAUGCUAUAUCUGUUGGCAAAGUGUUGUGUGAAGAUCCCCAUAUUGCAUGUAUUUCAUUCACUGGCUCAACACAAGUGGGAAAGCUUCUUUAUGGUCAAGCAGCUAAGGGUAUCAAAAGGGUUGCUCUAGAAUUGGGUGGCAAUGCUCCCUUCAUUGUGUUUCCUAGUGCUGAUAUAGAACAUGCUGUAGACCAUGCUAUGCUUGCUAAAUUCAGAAACAGUGGACAAGCAUGUGUGGGAGUAAACAGAUUCCUAAUUCAUGAAGGUGUUUAUCAAGAAUUUGUUAAUUGUUUCAAGAAUCGAAUCCAACAGAAAUGUAUUUUGGGGCCGGGUAUGCGAAAGGAAGUGACAAAUGGUCCUCUUAUUAAUGAUGCUCAAGUAAAGAAAGUAACUGGUUUAGUUGACAAAGCUGUUUCAAAGGGGGCCAAGGUAUUGAUUGGUGGUAAAGUUGACACACAAUUAGGAAGUAAAUUUUAUCAGCCAACAUUGAUAACUGAUGUUCAACCUGAAAUGGAAAUAUUCCAUGAAGAAAUAUUUGGACCUGUGGCUGUGUGUUACAAAAUAAAAAGUGAAAGUGAAGCAGUGAGCCUUGCAAAUGACACAAGAGGAGGCCUAUCUGCAUAUGUGUUCACUAAAGAACUAGGGCAAGCUUUUAGGAUGUCUAAAAACUUGGAGUUUGGAAUGGUUGCAAUCAAUGAUGGCAUUUUGUCUGCAGCAGAACCAGCAUUUGGUGGUAUUAAGGAGUCUGGUAUUGGUAGGGAAGGCAGCUUGCAUGGGGCACUGGAAUAUACUGACAUUAAGUAUACCCUCAUGUCUGGUUUAGAUAAAUAAUUGCCAGGUUGUCAUUUACUUUGAUAUUACUUGUAUAUUGAUUGA